GCCUGCAAAUAUCCGAGUCACGCAAAAGAUGGGUUCACUAUCCUUUUAGAUUCACUUGCUCCCGCCGUCGCCGCCACAGCCGCAGCCGCUGUCGCCACCACAGCCGCCGUCGCCAUCGCUUCCGUUGGUGAAAGAAGCAUAUUCUAGCACCUCAUAUCAGAGCAGGGUGGAAACAAGAACAGCAUUAGGCAAAAUAGAAGAGAAUGAUUGCUUCCUCAUCUGGUUUUAAUUUGAUUCUUUCCAGCACGUUGAUCUCAUCUAUAUGGAGGUCAAGUAGUCGUUGUUGCAGAGCUCUACAUUCUCAAAUGACUCUUGCUAACUCACUGAAUGUGGGCUCUAACCACAAGUGCCAUCACAGUCCUACAGAGCAACGACAUUGGGUUUUGCAAAAGAAAACCUACAUUGCACAGUCGACAUUAGUGAAGGCAUCUACCGUUGAAAGUGUCUGUUUAACUAAUGGGUAUCCAGAGUAUAGUCGAUUGCUUCCAUGCGCAUCACACAAUCAGUUUCCAAGAAUUGAGCACCUUGUAGUCCUAGAAGAAGGAUUUAUUCUUGAUUAUAUAUCUAAAGCAUUGAAUCUUCCUCCUCUGUUCGUUGCAGAUCUCGUCCAUUUUGGAGCUGUGCAUUAUGCAUUGGUGUGCCCAAAGCCACCUCCAACCUCCACUCCCGAGCAAUUUCAAAUCUACAAAGAAGUAACAGAACCUUCAGUAUUGAAGAAGAGGUCAUCAAUCAAAGGGAAAACUGUGAGAGAAGCACAAAAAACAUUUAGAGUUACCGAUGCAAAUCAGUUUGUUGAAGCAGGAACCUACUUGCGUGUGCAUGUACACCCAAAACGCUUCCCUAGGUGCUAUGAAAUUGAUUGGAAUUCGAGAAUAAUCGCAGUUACUGAUACAUUUGUAAUCCUUGACAAACCUGCUGCAACUUCAGUAGGAGGGACAGCAGAUAACAUUGAAGAAUGCUGUGCCACUUUUGCUUCUCGUGCCUUAGGCUUUGAUGCUCCACUGAGGACCACCCAUCAAAUAGACAAUUGUACCGAAGGCUGUGUUGUAUUCGCUAGAACAAAAGAUUUCUGCUCAGAAUUUCACAGCAUGAUUAGGGAAAAACAGGUCAGAAAGUUAUAUCGUGCUCUUGCUGCGGCACCUGUACCCAUUGGAAUAAUUACACACUACAUGCGUCCCACCAAUGUCGCUCCAAGAUUAGUUUCCGAAGAUCCCAUUGGUGGAUGGCAUCUUUGCCAACUAGAAGUUCUGGAGUGUAAGGAGGUUCCAUGGCCAGCUAAUGAAGUAUUUAAAAAUCACAAAGUUGAAGAUUGUGGGUGGCCCUCCAAGAGAGUUGCCUAUGAGUGUACAGUUAAUCUCUUGACCGGAAAAACUCAUCAGAUUCGAGCACAGUUUGCUGCUAUUGGUGGACCUAUUAUUGGGGAUUCAAUGUACACACCACCAGUCAUGGCUAGAAUGGCCAAUCCUUCAGUCGACCCAUUCGGAGGCAGUUGUAAGGAAUAUGAAAGUGAGGACGAAAAAAUGGCAGCCAUAGAAGAAUGGAUUGCACAGCAUGGGAAAGAGCCAAAUGCAGCUAUUGGUCUCCAAGCCUCACACAUCUCAUGGAACAAUGCUAAUUGCUCUUACGAGGCUGGUGAUCCAUGGUGGAGAUCAUAGCACCACAAAUUUGGAAAAGAAAAAAAACCUUCAACAAAUUUGGGACAAUGUAGAAUUAUGUUUUUCCAUAAUUGAGACGAUCAGAGCACAUAAUACUGUAAAGUCACAACAGCUUUGUUGAUUUUGAUAUUUUUUUUUAUCAGUAAAUGUAAACUUUCAUUUCAUGUACAAUUGGGCUAACCCAGAUAUUACAUUUGCCUUUCUGUUAUGCUUUGUUUAUUUGGAAGGACAGAAACAAAAAUUAUUGAAAGAUUUCCACGGUGGAAAUUUUUUUUCCUUAUGUGGUAAAA